CUCAGUCUUCGCUGUGGGUCUGAAUCGGAUUCAUGGAUUAAUUAAACAGGAUUAAUUCAGAUUUUUAUAAUGAGACUCUUCACUUCCUGCUUCCUCCUCUUCCUCCUGCCGGGUGGAUGGGCUUCAGAGGCAGAGCACAGGCUGUUUUCUGUGAUUUUCUCUAGUUAUAACCAGUAUAUCAGACCAGUAGAGAAUGUGUCUGAUCCAGUGAUCGUCCAGUUUGAGGUGUCCAUGUCUCAGCUGGUUAAAGUGGACGAGGUCAAUCAGAUCAUGGAGACGAAUCUGUGGCUGAGACACAUAUGGAACGAUUAUAAACUCCGGUGGGAUCCUAAAGAUUUUGGAGGAGUAGAAUUUAUCCGUGUUCCUUCUAACAGGAUCUGGAAGCCGGACAUCGUUCUGUACAAUAAUGCGGUGGGAGACUUCCAAGUAGACGAUAAAACCAAAGCUCUUCUUCGCUACAAUGGAGACGUAACGUGGAUUCCUCCAGCCAUCUUCAAAAGCUCCUGCAAGAUCGACGUCACAUACUUUCCUUUUGAUUAUCAGAACUGCACCAUGAAAUUUGGGUCGUGGACCUACGACAAGGCCAAGAUUGAUCUGGUUCUGAUCGGUUCCACAAUUAACCUGAAGGAUUUCUGGGAGAGCGGCGAGUGGAUGAUAAUUGACGCUCCGGGCUACAAGCAUGACAUCAAAUAUAAUUGUUGUGAGGAAAUUUACACCGACAUCACCUACUCCCUCUACAUCCGCCGCCUGCCGCUCUUCUACACCAUCAACAUGAUCAUUCCCUGUCUGCUCAUCUCCUUCCUGACGGUUCUGGUCUUUUAUCUUCCAUCAGACUGCGGUGAGAAAGUGACUCUGUGUAUUUCUGUCCUUCUGUCUUUAACCGUGUUUCUUCUCGUCAUCACCGAAACCAUCCCGUCCACUUCUCUGGUCAUUCCGCUGAUCGGCGAGUACCUGUUGUUCACUAUGAUUUUUGUUACUCUCUCCAUCGUCAUCACCGUCUUCGUCCUCAAUGUUCAUUACCGCACCCCAAAGACCCACACCAUGCCCUGCUGGGUUCGCCGGGUGUUCCUGGGUCUUCUUCCCAGAGUGAUGUUCAUGACCCGACCCGACAGAGACCCAGAGAGACCUCAGGUCUCGGGAUCUUCCGCUCGAUCCUGCACCCUCCAUAACUCCUCCUCCUUUCCUCAACACCUGACCAAACCGCAGAGCCUGCCCCCCCGCACCCACCUGCUCCUCAGCACGGAGCUCAGCACGCUGAGCGAGGCGGUGAAAUCCGGCUCCGGGUUCCUGUGCAGAGAGGGACGCUGUAACUGCUGUUUGCGGCAACAGCCCGGUAAAAUCCCCCUGGACAGCGGCGUCGGCGCGCUGGGCCCCGCCGGAGGAAGUCUGGGGCCGGUCAGUGGGGGUCUGGUGGGAAACGGGGGAGGAAGCAGCCCCUGCUCCAGCUCGGAGUCUCUGGAUGGAGGACUUUUAGCUUUCUCAGCUCUUUCUCCUGAGGUUCGAGAGGCGAUCGAAAGCGUGAAAUACAUCGCUGAGAAUAUGAGGCUUCAGAACGAAGCCAAAGAGGUCCAAGACGACUGGAAAUAUGUUGCCAUGGUGAUUGACAGGAUUUUUCUGUGGGUAUUUAUACUGGUGUGUAUACUGGGAACAGCCGGACUCUUCCUACAGCCACUGCUCUUGGGGGAGGACAUGUGACUGGACCACCUAACCCAAACCAACUUAACCAAACAAUAACCAACCAAAUCAAACCAAAUCCAACUCAACCCAACCUCAAUUCAACCAAACUCAAGCAAACCCAACCCAACCCAACUGAGCCAAACCCAACUCAACCCAACCCCAAUCCAACCCAACCCCAACCCAACUGAACCAAACUGAACUGAACCCAACCCCAAUCCAACCUAACCCCAACCAAAGCAACACCAACUCAAUCCAACCCCAACCAAACCAAACCAACCCAACUGAACCAAACUAAACCAAACCCAAUCCAAUUAAAACCAACCAAACCAAACCAAAUCCAACCCAACCCCAAUUCAACCAAACUGAACCAAACCAAACCCAACCCAACUGAGCCAAACCCAACCCAAUCCAACUCAACCUCAACCCAACCCCAAUCCAACCCAACCCCAACCCAACUGAACCAAACUAAACUAAACCCAAUCCAACCCAACCCCAAUCCAACCAAACCCCCACCAAACUGAACCAAACAGAAUUAAACCCAACCCCAACCCAACUAAACUAAAUCCAACCCCAACCCAACUAAACUAAACUAAACCCAACCCAACCCAACCCAUCUGAACUAAACUGAACUGAUCUGAUCUGAACUGAUCUGAUCUGAUCUGAACUGAUCUGAUCUGAACUGAUCUGAUCUGAACUGAUCUGAACUGAACUGAACUGAACUGAUCUGAACUGAUCUGAACUGAUCUGAACUAAACUGAACUGAUCUGAUCUGAUCUGAACUGAUCUGAUCUGAACUGAUCUGAUCUGAACUGAUCUGAUCUGAACUGAUCUGAUCUGAACUGAUCUGAUCUGAUCUGAACUGAUCUGAACUGAUCUGAUCUGAACUGAUCUGAUCUGAACUGAUCUGAUCUGAUCUGAACUGAUCUGAUCUGAUCUGAUCUGAACUGAUCUGAUCUGAUCUGAACUGAUCUGAUCUGAACUGAUCUGAUCUGAUCUGAACUGAUCUGAACUGAUCUGAUCUGAUCUGAUCUGAACUGAUCUGAUCUGAACUGAUCUGAUCUGAACUGAUCUGAUCUGAUCUGAUCUGAACUGAUCUGAACUGAUCUGAUCUGAACUGAACUGUAGGUGCCUGGAGAAAGUUAAAUGUUUUUUUUACAGACUUUUAAUGUUUCUGAUUCUGACGAUACAUGACUGUAUAUAAACUCAAAUAAAACAUAUGAUUUGCA